AAUAUACAAAUGCACGUAAAAUUUCUAGUUGUAUGUGAUGAAAAUAAGAUUUUGAAGAGUGGGGUUGGAUACAAUUUAGCGGCUUACUCAACAAAUCAUCAACAGUUCGUCAUGACGACAAAUCACAGACAGAUAACGACAUUGAAAAAUUCUGUUUCUUUAAGUUCUUUUAUUUUUUAUUGAUUAUUGUUCUUCUUAUCACACAGUGCUAUAAAACAAAAAAGUUUUGCCAAUUCGUAUCUACUAUGCUUGAAAUUUUAAACACUCUUUUUUUAUUUUUUUAAUUUUUCAAUGCUAGUGACGUACCGAGCUUUGAAAUUUUUCUCCUUCAAUCGUGCAUGUAGCGACAGCCGCGUCCUUCGUAAAACUCGUUAUACGUCAUAAAGCAAUGACGUAGAAUUAUAAAACGACAAAAGACGAAGCGAAGAUUUCGAGUGAACUAACUGAUAUUUAACAUUUCCGAUUUGUUUACCUAUGCUUGUGAUGCACAGUAACGCUUCGUAUAUUUUUUUGUGUUAUAUGCUUUUAUGGAUCGAAGUUUCAAUUGCGAACUUUAAUGGCACAUAGUGUCACCGGCAUUAGUAUCUGUGGUAGUGUUCGUACUGUGUAGUGUGAUAGAAUCAUGAAAUAUGAAACGUAUAUUUUGUGAACAAACUUUCAAAGUCAUAAAAUUUGCGCAUCGUAUAUUCUAAAUUAAAAAAUUUUGGAAGAAUUUUCUUUAUCGAUAUUAUUUUUCGGAGUAGUGACAAGGAAAAUUCAUUCAUAAAGACGCCAUGUUAUAAAUUAAUGGUGAUCAAAAGCAUUGAGAAAGUGAUUGCAGGUAACGGAAAUAAUAAUUUGUGAGAGUGCGUUGGUAUGGUGACAUCGGUGCAACAACAUCAGCGAACAUUAUCAGACGAGAACCAGGAUAAAAUAAGUAAUAUCUCCAUUGAAGAUUGUAACAUUGAAAACUGUCGGAGCGAGAUAGUGCACUCUGUCAAAGAUAGCGCGGUCAGCGUUAUUGAAAAUGAUAGCAUUGCCGAUUCGUCUACGCAGUGCAGUAACGUAGAAGAUGAUAAUGACAAUGAAACGGAUAUCGAAGAAGGAGAUUGGAUACCUGACUUACCUGUACCGGUAUUUCAACAACAUCAAGAAAUGACAACCGCAGAUGGUAAUGUGAUGUUACCUAAUGCAGAUAUUUCAAAUUUUGGAAAUGUGCACGUAAAGAAUUCGACUAAUGUGCAUCUUGGUAAUAAGACCUUUUAUAAGGGUCCAGUGACAAUAAAACAGUUCGUUUAUACGAACCCGACUUCAAUACAGGACUUUGAUACGGUGAAGAGCGAUAAUGUUAUAGGAUCGGAUACCAACACAUCUAACUUGUCAAUUGCUAAAGGAGAUUCGACUGCGAAGAACUCAAUUUUAUCACAAAAUCCUGAUCUCGUAACAAAAUGGUUGCGGACCUGGCGAUAUGCAGCGUUUUUGUGUAUUCUAGCUUUAAUUCUUGUAAUUGUUAUGGUCAUCACCAGUAUAUAUUUCACACGCAAUUCUGCUAUUCCGCCAGCCAUAGUUUUUCCGGAAAUACCAGAUUCUUUAUUCGGAGAUAAGAUAAAAAAUAUCCGUUUCAUUGAACGAAAUGAAUGGGGUGCUCAACCACCUACAACACCAUUAAUAAAGAUGAAACUUCCGGUACCGUAUGUGAUUAUAAGUCAUACAGCAACACAAUUUUGUAACACACAAUCGGAUUGUACAUUUCAUGUUCGAUUUGCACAAACGUUUCAUAUUGAAUCUAGAAACUGGUCAGAUAUCGGUUACAAUUUUCUUGUUGGUGGUGACGGAUAUGUAUAUGUUGGUCGCAGUUGGGAUUAUAUGGGUGCUCAUGCAUUUGGAUAUAAUAACAUAAGUAUAGGUAUUUCUUUUAUUGGAACAUUCAACACGGUAAAACCACCUAAACAACAGUUAUACGCUGUGCAAAAACUUAUUGAAUUAGGAGUAGAAAAAGGGAAAAUUGCGCCGGAUUAUAAAUUAUUAGGACAUCGUCAAGUUUCUCGAACUGUAAGUCCAGGUGAUGCAUUAUAUAGUGUUAUUCAAACUUGGCCUCACUGGUCAAAAGAACCAUAAAAAAAAUUAUUUUUUUUGUAUCAAUGAUAUCUCGAAUUUAUUAUUUUUUCAUAAAAAUUCCGAUGGAUA